AUGAACACGCAAAUGGUGAAGAAAGCGAUAAGCACUGCUUGGACGUUGCGCAGUGUUUUCCCUUUGCACACGUGUCGCUUCUUGCGCGAAGCGGGCGACGGACCGUUCCACCGGAGGAGACAAAGCAUCGCAACGGAGUCCCUCAUCAAGAACUCCUUCCUAACCAAAGAAUACUAUGACAAAAUGAAGAAAAAAAAAAUCGACCUCUUCGAUUUUGUGCCCCCGGAGAAUUUCGUGUCUUCGUAUUUUGAAAAGCUGGAUAAGUGCUACUCGAACCCACGGUCGAUACUGCGGUGCGUUAUGUGGUGUCUGAGAAAAGAGGAGGGGCUGUACAAGGACUACAUCGAGAAGGAGGAUUACCCGAACUACAACUGGCUAGUCAGGUGUUUCUGCCAACUAGCCAACGUGUUUGGAUUUAACUCCUUCUGGAGUGUGAAGGAUAAGCAAGCCAUUCACGAGCUGAAGUUAUUCAAAUUCUUGGUGUACGAUUUGAUCGAAAGGAAGGAAAAAAUCAAAUCGAGACACUGCCCAAGACUGCUAUACGCAAUGUGUUGUCUAGACUACAGGUGCUAUUAUCUCCUCCCAACUAUAUUGGAACUGAUAGAAAUUGAUCUGCAUAAGUUCCGAGUCCCAACACUAUCUAUGAUAAGUUUCUGUCUAACCUACCUAGGACUAACAAACCAGGACGUACAAUUUGGUUCCUACGAUAAUCUCUCUCGAAGUUACAACUUAAUAGAAAAAAUACUGAACAGGAUAUACGACAGGAGAGAGGAAGAGAAAGGGGACAUGACUAAUUUCUGUUGGUCAUUGUUAGCCUAUGUUCUCGUCAUAAAUAAUAUGUAUGUAUUUCCUUUUAAGGAUGAAGGCAGGGGGGAAAUAUCUACCAGUUUUUUGCCAGAAAUUUUAAAAAAUGCUUGUGAAGGAUUAACUAGGGAAAAUAUUGCAGAAAGUGGGUGGAUUCAAUACUACCUUUAUAUGACUCUCUACUGCUGUGAUGUGGAGAAGCCGAGGAAUGAAAGGAUGAUAAAGGAGAGCGUCCCUUUUUUCAUUCAAGAAUAUUUACACCUAAAAUGGCUAGAUAAUAUAUUAAUAACUGCUCAGAAUCAGGGGUCAGAAAAAAUGCAACUCGAAAUGGAGAGCAUUAUACAAAAAUUACAAUUAAAAAAUUUCUUUAUUAAUUUAUCUGUUGGGCGGAAGAUAGAUGAACAGCAUUGUUUUUUUGCUUCUCAUUUUUAUAAGCCUUUAAAUUUAUGCAUCGAGUAUGACUAUUUCCAUCCCAUUGGUUUUAACAGACCAUUGGUGAGUGGUACCAUAUCAUUAAAAAAUCGCAUUUUUAAAAAGCUCAACUUUAACGUGGUUAAUAUUCAUAAGUGCUUUUGGGAUACACUGACAGAGGAACAGAAGGAAUCGCAACUCGUCCGUGUUUUGGAGGUGUUUCAAACGGGGCACGGUGGGGAGAAGCAACAACAACAACAGGGGGAGCUUUAUCAGGAGAAGUACUUCGAUUCCGAUUUGCUGCACUUGAAGCAUAAGCGGGUCAAGUUUCGCAGUUGGCCGCCUGAGCACAUAACGGUGUAG